AACACGUCGAUUUUAAUAUUGAAUUUUUCAGAGUUUCAACCGUUUAAUUAAGUAGAAAUGAACGUUAUAAUUUAUCGAUAAAACUGCGGAUUCAAUCACUGUUAUUAAUUGGUAUGGCCUAAAUCGGAAAAACAAUUCUAGAGACUUUGACUGUUUUUACUACGAGAGUCAACUUGAAUAUUGUUAUCAUAUCAAGCGGUCAUAAUAUUAUUAUGACGGCCGACCAUUGCCGUUAUCAACAUCAGCAUGUAAAAAUCUCAAAAGAUAACUUGUAGCGUGUUGUGUACUUCUCUGACUUUGGAUUUUCAUUUUAUACAUUAGUCAUUGCCUACAGCUAAAGUUAUAUUGUACGGUCAAAUUAUUUGUAUAAAAUGAGUCAAAAUGAGAACGAAGAAGACACUAAAUUCUGUUUCAAUUGUCGAAGAAAUAUUCCAGUCGUUAAUUAUGUAAUGCACUCUGCGUACUGUCACCGUAACUUGACAUUGUGUCCAGAGUGUGACGAACCUAUCCUUACUGCUGAACUUAAUGAACACAAGAAAACUAUGCACAUCGAGACAUCUUGUGGCGGCUGUUUUGAAAGGUUCCAAGUAAUAGAUAUGGAAUCACAUAAAUUAAACAAUUGUUCACGCCGUUUAAAAACUUGUGACUAUUGCAAUAUCCAAAUUGCAGCGUUUGAGCUAGCCGAACACGUAGAUAUGUGUGGUAGUCGCACUGAACGGUGUAAUGAUUGCGGACAGUUUAUCAUGAUUAAAUAUUUAGAAACGCAUAAAGAAAAUCAUAAACUGAAGAAAAUUCCAAAUGUUACAAAUCAAAUACUGGAUGACAGCGCUGAAAGUUUAGCAGCCUAUCCACAGUUAACGAAAAAAGUGCCAAACACUUCAAACAGUGCAACAACGAGAACCACUAGUAUGCCCUCGUUGCGAUUUAAUGACCCUGGUUUUAUGACGAUAAACAGAGUGUCCCCUGUUAAGCGCAACAAUGAUCAGCCACAGAUAAAUACACUCAACAACAACCAUGAUGUAAACAAAGAGUCUGUAAAAGACACAACCUUGAUUAAUUUACCUAAUGAUGAUGAUUUUUAUAUACCUGGAGCUCAGUCUGACCAUAACAAUCAACCGAAUAAUUUAAAUGAUUAUGUAAAAAAUACAGAAGACUAUAACAAUUUUCCAGAUGUAAACGUACUGCAAGGUGUUCAGCUACCUUGUGAAUUUUGCAGCAAAAUGAUUAAUUCUGAAAAUCUUGUGUUGCACGAAACAGGAUGUCGUCCAGAUUUGGCUACAUUUCACAAUAUUUUACACCCCAAAAAAAAUGUCAAUAAUUUAAACGAAAAGUUUCCAGUUCCACCAUUAGACCUGGAAAGUAGCAGCGAAAGUGAAAUGAACUUGAAUAACCUCAGUUUAAGUUCAGACGAAGAUGAAAAAACAAAUGUUGAAAAACUACCUUGUGAAUUCUGCGAAGAGCUAAUACCUCUCAACAAAUUGAUCGGCCAUCAGAUUAUGUGUGAAAAAGUACAUUUGGAUCUACCCAAGAUAAAUAAUUUUGAUAAAAAUGUCAAUGCACACAAAUCAGGUAAACAAAACACAAUUUUGAAACCAGAAUCCAAAUGCAAUUUGUUGAAACAGACGUCAGGCCCCGUCAAUGUUUCUGCUGCGUCAACACUAGUGUUGAGAAGACCCGAAAUGACUAAUAACUCACACUUACCUGCCUCGUCUAAUUUUGAGCAUUCGGUAAUACCGAAAUUACCGAGAGUCAAGCUACAAAAAAUGAAUUCCAAUACAGUGGGCAGUUCAGAUAAUCGUUUAGUAAACAAUAGUUCUGCGAGAAAUAAUUACGAACAGUUUUUAUCUAAUUCAAGGUUAAAUCAGCCAGAAACUUAUACAAGAGAAAACCCGACACUUUAUUUAAAUCCGUCGGGUGGAGCUAUACCUAAACAAAAAACCAUCAAAGGAGCAAAUAAUCGUCGAGUGUUAAAUAACUUUUCGAGACAGAGAGAUUCAGGUUCAUCAAGCGAUUAAAUGUCAAUUUAAUUUUAAUACCAGAUUUAUUCAUCAUACAUAAAUUAUAAUUACUUUAUAAAAUAAAUGAAGAAACAACACUAUAAUAUAACAUUUAAAAAUAACUAUUACGUAUUGUAUGAUACAUUGUUUGCAAAUAAAGAAUACUAUUAUUAUUA